AUGGUGGCAGCGGCCAAAGGUGGAGGUAGUUCACAGGAUGCCAAACAUGUAUUGGAUGAAAUUGGAAAAGAUGUGUACGAAACAGUGGAAAAGGAUGCUAAAAUAUAUAAAGAGGCGUUGAAAGGAAAUUUGCAGCAUGCAAAAGGUAUGGGGGAAAGAGCUAGCAGCAAUAAAACAUGCACACUUGUAAAAGAAUAUUAUGAGCACUUUAAUGGUGAUGCUAACAGUAACAGGUAUCCGUGCAAAGAGUUAAGUGGAAAAAUGGGUGAAAACCGUUUUUCGGAUACACUUGGUGGCCAGUGUACUAACAAAAAAAUAGAAGGUAAUAAAAACAAUUGUGGUGCUUGCGCUCCAUACCGACGUCUACAUUUAUGUCAUCAUAAUUUGGAAUCUAUAGACACAACGUCGACGACUAGUGACACGUUGUUGGCAGAAGUGUGUUAUGCAGCAAAAUUUGAAGGGGAAACGUUAACAACACAACAUGGACAACAUCAACAAACUAAUCCUGGUACUGCUUCCCAAUUAUGUACUGUAUUAGCACGCAGUUUUGCAGAUAUAGGUGAUAUCGUACGCGGUAAAGAUCUUUUCCUCGGUAAUGAUGAGGAAAAAAAAAAAAGAGAUGAAUUAGAAGAGAAUUUACAAAAAAUUUUCGCGAAAAUACAUAGUGGAUUGACGUCGACGAGAGGGAAACAGAAUGGGGAGCUACAAAAACGCUACAAAGGUGAUGCCAAAAAAAAUUUUUAUCAAUUAAGAGAAGACUGGUGGGACGCAAAUCGGCACACCGUGUGGGAAGCUAUCACAUGUGGUGCAGGAGAAAGUGAUAAAUAUUUUCGACAAACAGCGUGUGGUACAGGAACGCCGACUCAUAAGCAAUGCCGAUGUGACGACAAGGCAAAUGUCGAUCCUCCUACGUAUUUCGAUUAUGUGCCACAGUAUCUUCGCUGGUUCGAGGAAUGGGCAGAAGACUUUUGUAGAAAAAAAAAUAAAAAAUUAAAAGAUGUUAAAACAAAUUGUCGUGGAGAUAGUGGUACAGAUCGAUAUUGUAGUGGUAAUGGAUAUGAUUGCACUCAAACUAUUAGAGCAAUAGGUAAACUUGUUAUAGGUGAACAUUGUACAAACUGUUCUGUUUGGUGUCGUCUGUAUGAAAAAUGGAUAGAUAACCAAAAAUUAGAAUUUCUAAAACAAAGAAACAAAUAUCAAACAGAAAUAUCAGGUGGUGGUGCUAGUGGUGGUGCUAGUGGUAGGAGUAGGAAAACGCGAGCUGCAACUAUCAAGUAUGAAGGAUAUGAAAAAAAAUUUUAUGAGGAAUUCAAAAAAAAAGGUAACUAUGGAACCGUUGAUGCUUUUUUGGGAUUAUUAAAUAAUGAAAAAGCAUGCAAAGAUAUUAAUGAAGAAAAAGAAAAAAUUGAUUUUACUAAAAACGUUGAGGAUGAUAAAAAUAUUAAUAAAGAAGGAACAUUUUAUCAUUCGCAAUAUUGCCAACCCUGUCCCGGAUGUGGAAUGAAAAAGACAAAAAAUGGUAACGGAUGGGAAGAGAAAGACACUAAUCAAUGCAAUAUAAAACUUUAUAAGCCUACAAGUAGCGCAAAACCUACUGAAAUUAAAAUCCUUAAAAGUGGUGAAAAGCAUGAUGAUAUAAAAGAAAAAAUCGAACAAUUUUGUAAAACACAAAAUGGUAGUGAUGGUAGUGGUGGUGGUAAUAGCGAAAAGAAGGAACUUUAUGAUGAAUGGAAAUGUUAUCAAAUUGGUGAGCUGACGAAAGAUGGUCAGGAGGGUAUGGAUGACCCAGACUAUGACCGAUUGGUAGAAACUGGAGGCGGAUUAUGUAUAUUGGAAAACCAAAAAAAAAAAGAAAAAAGUGAUCCCAAAUCUCAAAACGAACCUGAGCAAUUCCAAAAGACAUUUAACGAAUUUUUUUACUUUUGGAUAGGACGUUUUUUGAACGAUUCUAUGUAUUGGAGAGGAAAAGUUAACAGUUGUAUAAAUAAAUCUAAACGUGAGAAAUGUGAAGAAGAAUGUAAAAAAGAAUGUGAAUGUUUUCAAAAAUGGAUUGGAAAAAAGAAAGAAGAAUGGGACAAAAUAAAAGAACAUUUUAAAACGCAAGAUUUUGGCAAUGAUGCACUUCUUGGACCAGAAAUGAAAUCUCCUUCUUAUGUUCUUAAAUUUGUUUUGAACAUAGAUGAACUUUUCCAAAAUAUUAAAUCGGGUUAUGGAAAUGUAAAGGAAUUAAAAGGAAUUAACAAAAUAUUGGAUGAGGAAAAAAAACGUGAAGAAGAAGAAAGAGCAGAUGGUGUUGUUGGUGUUGCUAGUGGUGGCGACAAUCAAAAUAAUACCACAAUUGAUAAAUUGCUCGACCACGAAGAUAAAGAUGCCACCAAAUGCAAAAACUGUCAAGAACCAACAAAACCUGCCAGUAAACCAGAAGACCUCGCCCGCUCCGGCGCCUCACCCGACACCCCACGUGAAGACAGCCCACCUGCUGACCUCGACGACGAAGAACACGACGAAGACGACGAAGAUGAAGACGAUGACGCCGAAGAGGAGGAGGAAGAGGAAAAGAAGGAGGAAGAAGAAGAGCACAAGGAAGAGGAAAACGAGGCGGCGCCGGAGGAAAAGAAGGAGGAGGGGUCGUCGUCACCAGAAGAGGUGGAGGAAAAGGCAAAGGAAGCACCAGCGGGACCAGACGCUUGCAAUAUAGUACAAACACUAUUUAGUAGUAUCGACAAAUUUAGUGACGCCUGCACUCUCAAAUACGGCAAAACCGCACCCACAGGUUGGAAAUGUGUCACACCAAGUGGUGACAAAGCAGCCACAAGUAGUGAGGGUAAAGGUAGUAGUGAUGGAGGUGCUAAGGAUGGUGUUGGUGUAAAUGGUGGUGCUCUCCAACGUAAUAAACGUGAUCUCGCCACACCUAGUGCUAAAAGUGGUGACACCACUGGUGGUAAAGACGGAGCCACUGGCAAGAGUGAUGGUAGUAUUUGUGUUCCGCCGCGACGGCGACGACUAUACAUACAAAAACUACACGAUUGGGCGGAAAAAGUGGGUGACACUGCGACACAACCACAAGUUGACACACCGUCACAAAGUGACAAACUGCGUGAUGCAUUUAUUGAGUCUGCGGCAGUUGAAACUUUUUUCUUGUGGCAUAGAUAUAAAAAAAUAAAAGAUAAAGAAAAACUAGAGGAACAACAACGACAACGAGAAAAUGGUGAACUGCCCGGCCUCUCCAGUAGCGGCGACGGUGACUCUAAUGACCCCCAAUCCAAAUUAGAGAAAGGUGAAAUACCUGAUGGUUUCUUACGUCAGAUGUUUUAUACAUUAGCAGACUACAAAGACAUAUUAUACAGUGGUAGUAACGACAACACGAAGAGUAGUACCUACAACGACAUAAUUAAUGGUGAUAAAGAAAUUCAGGAAAGAGAAAAGGAUAUAAAAGGUGCUAUAAGUACCUAUUUUUCAAAUAGUGGCACAACUCCCACACCUCCUGUCAAACCUAGUGUCACAACACCACAAACCUGGUGGGAACUACAUGGUCCCCAUAUCUGGAAUGGAAUGAUAUGUGCUUUAACAUAUAAAGAAAAUGGUAUUGACAAACCAGAAGUGGAUACCGCUGUGCGCGCACAACUUUGGGACAGUGGCAAGAACACCCCCCAAAACGAGAAAUACCAAUACACAAAUGUCAAACUCGAAGAAGAAGCCAGUGGUGCCAAAAUCAACAUCCCCGAUACUAGUGGUGAUAACACCCCCACCCUCAACACCCCCACGUUAAAAAAUUUUGUGGAAAUACCUACGUUUUUUCGUUGGUUACAUGAGUGGGGAAGCGACUUUUGUCGACAAAGGAAACGGAUGUUGAAAAACGUUAAGCAUAAUUGUCGUAAUAUUGAGAGAGGUGGUCACGAGUAUUGUGGGGGUGAUGGUCAUGAUUGUACACGAGACGGUAUUCAACAUAAUAAUAUGUUGGCAGAUCCAGAUUGUCGUGAUUGUCAUAUACAAUGUAGAAAAUAUAGAAAAUGGAUAGAAAAAAAAUUCGAAGAAUUUCAUAAUCAAAAAAAUACAUAUGGAAAGGAAAAGCAAAAAUUAAAUGGUAAUUCUAAUGAUGGUGAUAAUACAAAAUUUUUCAAAGAAAUAGAAAAUCGUUCUUUUGAUCAAUUUUUGACCUCAUUGAAACAUUGCAAAAAUAAUGAAGGUGAUGGUAGUGAUCCAAAAAAUAAAAUAGAUUUUAAGGAACCUCUUAAAACGUUUGGCCCUUUAGAAUAUUGUAAAACAUGUCCUCCCAAUAAAGUUAAUUGUAAUGGUCCUAGUAGAAGAAGUGGUGGUAAUGAUCAAUGUACAGCAGUUAACGGAAAUGAGUGGGAAAAAAUUUUCAGUGAAAACGGUGGAAACAGUACUACUAUUGAUGUCCAUAUGAUUGAUCGUAGGGGACCGUAUAUGGAAAAGAAAUCACAAAAAUUAGAAAAUUCAGAAAAUCCGUUGUUUAAAACAUCACGUUUAUUUAAAGGUAUAAGAGAACAAAAAUGGACUUGUAAAUUUAAAGAUAAAAAUACGGAUGUGUGUAAACUAGAUAAGUUUGACCAAGAAGUAGACCUCAAUCAAUAUACUACAUUUAAAGUAUUGCUAAUAUAUUGGUUAGAAGAUUUUAUAGAAGGUUAUUAUUUAUUGAAAAAAAGAAAAAUAAUCGAAAAAUGUACACAAAAAGGAGAAAAGACAUGUGAUGAUGAAUCUAAAAACGAUUGUGCAUGUGUUAAAAAGUGGGUUGAAAAAAAGACUACAGAAUGGGAACAAAUAAAAGAACAUUUUAAAAAUCGAAACCAAAAAGAUGGUGAUGGCAAUGACAUGAAAUCUUCGGUUAGACAGCUUUUGGAUCCCUUGAUAUAUAGAAUGGAUCUUGCAAAUGGUAAAGGAAAAAUUAAUGAGUUAAAAGAGUUCCUGAAGUCCUAUGAAUGUAAAUGCGUUGACAACGCAGGAAAUAGUGAGAAGGAUGUUGUAGAAUGUUUGCUUCAAAAGCUUGAAACAAAAGCAAAAAAGUGUAAAGACCCAUCUAGUGGCGAAAACCAAAAAACACCGUGUCAAGAAUACACCCCCCCUGAUGAUGAUGAAGACUUACUCCUUGAAGAAGAAAAUACAGUGAAAGCUCCAACAUUUUGUCCAAAACCACCAAAAAAGGAAGAGCAAACAGAAGAGACUUGUGACAAAGCAGCAGAUGAAAAAGUGGAGGAAACAGUGGCGCAAAAUGAAGAAAAUAACAUCCCCCCAGCGGGACCAGCACCACCAGCAGAUAGUCCCCCAGCAGGACCAGCAACAGAUAGUGGCAAAGAAAACGUGGUCCCCGAACCCCCGGCCCCUGCGGCGCCUCCAUCACCACCAAUACCCCCCCUGGCGACAUCCACCCUCGCCUGGAGCGUUGGCAUCGGUUUUGCUGCGUUCACUUAUUUUUAUCUAAAGAAAAAAACCAAAGCAUCUGUUGGAAAUUUAUUCCAAAUACUGCAAAUACCCAAAAGUGAUUAUGAUAUACCUACAUUGAAAUCCAAAAAUAGGUACAUACCAUAUAGAAGUGGUACAUAUAAAGGUAAAACAUACAUUUAUAUGGAAGGUGAUGCAGACGAAGACAAAUAUACGUUUAUGUCUGAUACUACUGAUAUAACUUCCUCCGAAAGUGAAUAUGAAGAAUUAGAUAUUAAUGAUAUAUAUGUUCCUGGUAGUCCUAAAUAUAAAACGUUGAUUGAAGUGGUACUAGAACCUAGUGGUAACAACACAACAGCUAGUGGUAAAAACACACCUAGUGAUACACAAAAUGAUAUACAAAAUGAUGGUAUACCUAGUAGUAAAAUUACAGAUAAUGAGUGGAAUACAUUGAAAGAUGAAUUUAUAUCUAAUAUGUUACAAAAUCAACCAAAGGAUGUACCAAAUGAUUAUAGUAGCGGAGAUAUUCCAUUCAAUACACAACCGAAUACUUUAUAUUUUGAUAAUAAUCAAGAAAAACCUUUUAUUACAUCUAUUCAUGAUAGAAAUUUAUAUACUGGAGAAGAAUAUAGUUAUAAUGUUAAUAUGGUUAAUAAUGAUAAUAUUCCAAUUAAUCGUGAUAAUAAUCCUUAUAGUGGUAUAGAUUUAAUUAAUGAUUCGUUGAAUAGUAAUAAGGUUGAUAUUUAUGAUGAAUUGUUAAAACGAAAAGAAAACGAAUUAUUCGGGACAGAACAUCACCCAAAACAUACAAAUAUAUAUAAUGUCGCCAAACCUGCACGUGACGACCCUAUAACCAAUCAAAUAAAUUUGUUCCAUAAAUGGUUAGAUAGACAUAGAGACAUGUGCGAGAAGUGGGAUACAAACAAUAAAGUGGAUAUUUUGAACCAAUUGAAAGAAGAGUGGGAAAAUGAUAAUAGCAAUAGUGGUAAUAAAACUAGUGGAAAUAUCACACCAACUAGUGAUAUACCUAGUGGUAAACUAAGUGAUAUACCUAGUACUAACAAAAUGUUGAAUAGUGAUGUUUCUAUUCAAAUACAUAUAGAUAAGCCCAACCAAGUGGAUGAUAACAUAUACCUUGAUACAUACCCCGAUAAAUAUACUGUGGAUAACAUUAACCCUGUCGAUACACACACCAACCCAAACCUUGUGGGAAACAUCAACCCUGUGGAUCAAAACUCCAACCUAACGUUUCCGUCUAAUCCAAACCCUGCGUAUGAUAACAUAUAUAUUGAUCAUAAUAAUGAGGAUCUACCUAGCAAAGUACAAAUUGAAAUGAGUGUGAAGAACGGAGAAAUGGCGAAAGAGAAAUAA